AAUAGUAACAGCAAGCGUUGCCCAGUACUGGUGUAAACUAUUUCAUUAUUAAGUAGUUCUUUGACAUUCAAUCUUGAAAACACGUGCAGUAUAUUAAUUUAUGCUUCGACAGCAAUUCUUAUCAAUCAUUAUAGAUUCCGGCUAUUUAUUGUUUCAAAACUAUUUAGUAAUUUUCAAAAAUUUGGUGAUAAUUAUAAUUUUGAUCUUCUUACAUAGUCCACGAAUAUCUUAAAUAGACUUCUCAUUCGUCUCAGAGUUCAGUGUUUGGUGUGCAAGAGACUAUCGCGUAUCGAAUAAAUUUGACAUUUGAAACUUUUAUUUAAAUAAUUUAUUUAUUUAUAACUGCAUAUGUUGAGAAAAUAAUUUGCAAUGUUAGAAGUACUAAGCUCAUUAUUCUCAACUUUCACAACAUUAUCUGUCGUCACCUUAAUUUUAUUUCACUUUUACGUUCAUGGAAGAAGAAUAGGACGUAUUACUGAUAAAAUUCCUGGACCAAGAUGGUAUCCAAUCAUUGGGAAUGCACUUGAUUUACUAGUACCAACAGAGAAUAUUUGGCAUUUUUUCCGCCGAUCUGGACGAGAUUUUUAUCCUGUUUAUAAAUUUUGGGUUGGUACCUUCCCCAUUGUCAACAUUAGACACCCUGAUGACAUACAGGCUGUGUUAAGCAGCUCUAAAAAUAUUGAAAAGAAUCAUUUUUAUAAAUUUUUACAUCCAUGGUUACAAGAUGGACUUUUAACUAGCACAGGAAAUAAGUGGAGAACUCAUAGAAAAAUUCUCACUCCAGCAUUUCAUUUACAUAAUUUAAAAGAAUACAGCAGUUCUAUAAUUGAACAUACCAAUCGUUUGGUUAAGUCACUUAAAACAGAAUCAACAUCUGAAGGAAUUAUCAAAGAACUUCACCCACUAUUGACGAAAUUUACAUUGAAUACCAUUUGUGAGUCUGCCAUGGGAAUGAAUAUAACUGAGAAUGAUGAACAUCAAAAUAAAUACAAAAAAGCUGUCUGUGAUUUUGGAAAUCUUUUUUAUUACAGAUUUGUACGACCAUGGUUGGAGAAUGAUUUUAUUUUUUCAUUAACAAAAAAAGGUAAAGAGCAAAAAGAAAUACUCAAGAUACUUCAUGGCUUCUCUAAAAAGAUAAUCAAAGAACGGACAGAAUAUCACCAAGAAACUCGUGGAAAAUAUUUACAUGACUUUUCAUGUUCUUAUCAAAAUAACACUGGUACACAAGCUACCGGUAAAGGAAAGCGAAAAAGGCUGGCUUUUUUGGAUCUGCUGAUAGCAGCUUCAAAACAAGGUCUUGGAAUUGAUGCUCGUGAAAUUCAAGAAGAAGUAGAUACUUUUGUGUUUGAGGGUCAUGAUACUACAGCAACUUGUCUCGUUUUUACCAUUCUUCUCCUAGCAGAAAAUAAAGAAGCACAGACACGUGCAAGAGAAGAAGUUAUUGCAGCGCUUGAACAAAAUGAUGGAAAAUUAACUAUGGAUGCAAUUCAACAAUGCACGUAUUUAGAGCAAUGUAUUAAAGAAUCAUUAAGACUCUAUCCAAGUCUUCCAGUUAUUGGUAGAAAAAUUGAUGAAGAUUUACAGCUAAAACAUGCUUUCAUUCCAAAAGGAUCAAUUGUAGUUAUUCACAUAUUUGAUGUUCAUCGUGAUGUUAAUUUCUGGUCACGCCCUAACGUGUUUGAUCCAGAUCGUUUUCGACCAGAAAAUACUGAAUCUCGACACCCAUUUGCUUAUGUACCCUUUAGUGCUGGGCCACGGAAUUGCAUUGGACAAAAAUUUGCAAUGCUUGAGCUAAAAUUGCUUAUAGCAGGACUGCUACAAAAUUUUUACAUCGAACCCGAGGAUGUAACUUCUAACAUCAGUAUUCUUCCAGAUCUCAUGUUGAAACCAGUUCAACCAGCUCAUGCUAAAUUCGUUCCAAUCAUGAGAUAGAUAAAAAUUAGUAUUAUUGUAAAAAAAAGUACAAAUA